CAUCAUCUCCUUCCUCGGAAAAUUUCUAAUUGUGUUUGUUGCAGAGAGAUGUUCUCUUCCUCCACUCUCGUCUAUUCUCUUUCCCUCUUCCUCUCCCUCUCACUCCUCUCCUUCCUCUUCUUCCUCUCUUCCUCCCGCCGCGACAUCCUCUCCCCCGCCGAUGAACUCGACGAUCUAAAACUCUUCCACCGCGCCGCCGUCUCCUCCAAUAACCGCCGCCUCAUCUCCGUCUCACACACUCCUCCUCCGAAAAUCGCAUUCCUCUUCCUCACAAACUCCGAUCUCACCUUCCUCCCUCUCUGGGAACGCUUCUUCCAAGGACACGAGCAUCUCUACAACGCUUACAUCCACGCAGAUCCAUCCUCGCGAAUCUCCACCCUCCUCUCCUCCACAAUCAACGCCAAAUUCAUCCCGGCCAAGAAAACCGCACGCGCUUCCCCUUCCCUAAUCUCCGCGGAACGGCGGUUGAUAGCACGCGCCAUCCUCGACGAUCCUAACAACCUCUACUUCGCUCUCGUCUCGCAGCACUGCGUCCCUCUCCACUCCUUCGCUUACAUCCACAACCACCUCUUCUCCGCUCGCUCCUCACCACAAUCUCAUCACCAAAGCUUCGUUGAGAUCCUCUCCGACGAGCCUUUCCUCCCGAAACGUUACGCCGCGCGUGGACUCGACGCGAUGAUGCCGGAGAUUUCGUACCGGGACUUCCGCGUGGGGUCGCAGUUCUUCGUUAUGGCGAAACGUCACGCGUUGAUGGUGAUAAAGGAGAGGAAGCUGUGGAGGAAGUUUAGGUUGCCUUGCGUUGACGAUGGUUCUUGUUACCCUGAAGAGCAUUAUUUUCCGACGUUGUUGUCUCUUGAGGAUCCUGAAGGGUGUAGUCGUUUUACUCUCACACGUGUUAAUUGGACUGGGAGUGUUGGUGGUCAUCCUCACACGUACGGGGCGAACGAGGUGUCGCCGCGGUUGAUUCGCUCGCUGAGGAGAUCUAAUUCGAGUUUGGAUUACUUCUUCGCGAGGAAGUUCUCGCCGGAGUCGUUGCAAGGGCUGAUGGAGAUAGCAGAUGAUGUCAUCUUCAGGGAUUGAACUGAUUGAAAGUGAAUUAGGUUUGAGGUUUUAGAAGAAGUUUGUUGUAGGCGCUCCUCGAAGAAGAGUGGCAAAUAAAGGUGAAACUCUUGUGUGCGUGUGUGUGUGUUUUUACACUUUGUCUUAGGGAAAUUAGAUGGUUGAAUUGGGUGUAAAGGGAAAAUGUAAAUAGCCCUCAAGGGCAGGUGAAAGCGCUCAUCAAGUUGGCCAAAUCGGCUGUCUUUUUUUUUUUUUUUUUUUCACCUCCUUUCCUCUGGAGACAGAGAGAGUGUGUGAAUGGCAAAAGGGCCUUCCCCUCUCUUUUGUUUCAAAAAAAAAUUGUGUAACAAAUCUUUGUUAUAUGAAUACCAAAGUAUAGUUUUUUU